AUGACUGCUGCUGCAAUAACUAGUAUUUUGUAUACUAGUAUGGCAUCUUUUUACCCGAUUUAUAUGGCAACUAACUUUCCACAAUUAAGUUUAACUCAUUUUGGAUUUAUACUCGCAAUAUAUGAAAUAGCUAACUUGAUAGCAUCCAUAUUUCUUGGAAUUUAUAUAGGCAGAGUGAAGCGUAAGAACCUGAUAAUCUAUUCAAACAUCUACCUUUUUAUUGCUACUUUAGCAUUUACAACCUUAGAUUUUCUAGGACCAACUUAGGAUAUGACAUUUUUUAUUUUGAGCUUAAUUUUCAGAGUUAUACAAGGUAUUGCCAGCGCAGCUAUCUAGAUUUGUGCUUAUUCCUUUGCUACCUUCGAGAUGAAUCAUGAUAAGGAUACCUAUAUUGGUUAUGUUGAAAUGGCACUUGGUGUUGGAGGUAUUCUUGGCCCAGCAAUCGCAAGUUUCAUAUUUGAUUUUGUUGGCUAUGUAGGUACAUUUGUAUUCUUUAGUGGUAUAGUCUUUGUUGGUAUCAUACAAUCAAAGAUUCGAAUUCCAAAUACCUUAAAUGAAAGGACUGCUAAAAAUUAAAGUAUGUAAUUAGAUAAUGAUUAGACUACUGAGAUUGAGAAGCAAAAUCUUAAGUAAUUAGAAUAUUAAGUGAAAAUAUAUUCUGAAUUAAAAUACAUUGAUUUCAUAUAGAAUUCUGAGUGCUUCAUUAUACUGUUAACCGCAUGCUUAUCGGUUGUAUUUACUGUCUACAUUGAAGCCAUUCUUGCAAUUCAAUUAUACAAAUACUAUGGGGUUCAGCAAAAUUUAAUUGGUCUCUUCUUUUUAUCUGCAUCAAUUCUAUAUGUAAUUGGUGCACCAUUGGCUUCAUGGCUAGCCAAAUACAUUCACAAGAGGAUUAGGACUUUCCUUAGCUUUGGUCCCUCUAUUGUCAGAAUUAAUUGA